AGACAGCAGAGAGCGUCACCGGCGUGAGGCAGGAGAUAGCGGGCGCUGAGGAGACCACCGGGCAUAGAGACCGCAGCCGGGCAACUCUCAGUCACAUUACACACCCGCCUGUGCUAACGCUCCGACCUGCGUCCACAUUGACGCAUUACUAAGGUUCGCAGGUCCGACCGGUUGCUCGGGAGGAUUUUGUUUUGUUUAGCCGGUUUCAACUAUCCUAGAUCGGGAAGGCCAGGGGAGUGCGCGUCCCGGGGCUGACCGGUACCACGAGUGACGUCACGGGCAGCGCCCCGCCCAGGCGGAGACCACCUACCGCUAUGGCGGCCCAGCUCCGCGCUGUCUGCCUACUGCUCCUGCUCCCUCUGGCUCUAGCAGAUACGCAGCUGCCAUGUGAGGGCUUCGAGGUAGUUGAGGGCAUGGGCAUGGACAGGGCACAAUUGGAGUACCCCUCUCAAAUUGGGGUGAAGAUUCUGGAGACUACUGAGGAGGCGGAAGAGGAUUGCUGGGCCCAUUGCUGUCACCGUGACAACUGUAGCAUGGCCACCAUGUCUGGGGGCAAGUGCCACCUAAUCAGGUGCACCUUUCAGGGCUUCAACAUGUGCGAGCUGAGCCAGCAGCAGGGCACCAGGAGCCUUAGGAAGGUCAAUAUCGGCGUCCAGCCUAAGCAGGAAGAUUUCUGCCUGCCUGAAGCCGAAACUGGAAAGUGCAAAGCGUCAUUUACAAGAUGGUGGUAUGACCCCAAGACAGAGACCUGUAAAAACUUCACCUAUGGAGGCUGCCCUGUAAACCUGAACAACCAUAUUGAGGAAGAAGAAUGUAUGAAGAAAUGUAGUGGGGUACAAGCUGUGGAGACCAUAAACAUUGAAUCACCGCCCAAACGCUUGGUGGCCGCCAGUUCUCGUGUAGGAUUUUGCACAGACCCUAAGGAGGUUGGCCGUUGCAGAGCUGCUUUCCCUAGAUGGUACUUUGAUGCGGAAUCCAUGUGUUGUCAUAGUUUUACCUAUGGUGGCUGUGGAGGCAAUAAAAACAACUAUAUGACUGAGCAGGACUGUCUGAACAAGUGUGUGGUGGCUCACGAUGAUGAUGAUGAGGGCUCCAUAGAUAACAGUAUUCUACAUCACCCAAUAGCUGCUGUGGUGCUGCCCAUCCUACUUGCCAUACUCGUUGCCGCACUGCUUGGUGCCAUGAUUAUGUUCUUUGUGAAGGUGGCGAAGAAGAAUCGGCAGAACGCCAACCUCCGAGCCAUGUGGCACCCGAUUGAUGACAAGGAGUGCCUGGUGAACAGUGCCUACACUCUGUAAAGUGUAGAAGUAGAGGAAACCGUCGCACUCCAUAGUAUACCAAAGCCUAGAACCGAAUUCCUAGCACACUGUUACUGUACAUAACAUGUAAAGCCUAGACUGCACAGCUUCCAUUAAAAUAUGAAAUUCCUAGGUUUAAGCAUUGAAACCAAAAAUCCUUUAUUUUACUUUGCAAAAAACAGAUUAAGGAUAAUUUCCCCCCUGGCAAACAAAUAUUCUGUUUUUAUUGCACAUUAUAUUCAUCCCCUGUUUUUAAGUUUAAUCAUAGCAAGAAGUUUUAUUAGCCUGAUUUAAUUUGUAAGUGUAUUAGACUAUGAUCUAUUUAGUGACUUAAAGGGUUGUUUUUUUUUUCUUUUUUUUUUUCUUUGUGUAUAUGGAUCUUUCUUCCAAGAGCACAGAAAUGACUCCAGGCUGUAACUGGUGCCUGAUUGCUGUGGGAGGUCACAGUGGUGUAAGGGCCCCUCAUUAGGGCACCAGUGACAGAAUUGAAGAUGGUAUUAAACUGCAGGGUCUCAUGGGGAAUGGGUAGAGAAACAAGUGUUGUGGUUACAAGAAAUCUUUCUGCGCUUAUGCCAGGGUCUGGGAUUUCUAAUUUAUGCGGGGGAAUCCCACUCAGGGAAGUUGUGAAAAUGUUUGUUUUAUUAUGGAGACUGUCACUCGAUAAAAAGUAAGCAUACGGACAAUAUCUGGGGAAGUCGCAUUCUCAGUAAUAUACAAUACACCAGCAGGCAGGGUCUUGCAUGGGCUUUAAAUGAGCCAGUCAUUUUGGAGUUAUCCUGAGGAUGUUAAAUUUAGCUGUGGUACCAUCCCGCUCCAAACAGGGCACCACAACACACUGUUUGAGAACCACUGAUCUAUACCAUGUCUGCAUUUUUCCUGGGGGGAAUAAUUGUUUUAUAAGCUACGUAUCUUGAACAGGUGUAGAAGAGCUGUCCAUGACUUCAUCUGUAUAUCUUAUAGUGAGGGUGUACAUGCUUGUGAUUUAGUCUCUCCUCGGGAUUAAUCAGGGGACCUGUACAAUUUUAUAUAUUGGUGAAAUGGACUUGAUAAAAUAAUCUUUCACAAACUUUCCUUCACUCCUCGGCAUCAGCUCACUCUUAUGCACUAAGCCGUUAUCUGUACAAUAUUGAAAUGUUUUUAUGAAUAAAAUCUGAGAACCUGA